AUGUCGUGGUCAGAACCCUUCCCAACAGCGAGGUUGAGAGCUCGGGAGGCUUUGCCUGCUGCCCUCCUUCGCGUGUGGCAGGCGCUCUCGAUCGGUUGUGAAUCGGCGGAGGCUUGGGGAGAAGUGGAACGGGAUCUCGCCGAACUACUGGAAGAAGGGUUCGACGCCGACGAAUGGCAAAAGGUCGGAGCCAUUGCUUGUAGUGGGGGCUCGCGAGGGACGCAAACAUGUGCGUUCCAUCAAAUGGUAUGGGAUUGCGGCGUGCGGGAGGCUUUCCAGGGUGAGAUGAAGGCCCCUCCAGUGAGCAGGUUUGUGGAGUUCGCCUUCCACGUCCUGGUCAAAGGAUGUGAGCAGCGCGAGGGGGAUGAAUGGUGGGGAGGAAUGUCGUCGCUGGACCUGAUGAAUAUCCUCCGAGGAGCAGGCUUGGACGACGAAGACGAUGAAGAGCUGCAGAAUACGGUGUCAACGGUACUUGAGCGUCUGAAAGGCAUCGAGAGACGAGAGAUCUCGGCAAGACGAGAUCGACAGCGAGAGAGGAUCCAGGGCGACAUUUCCCCCGCGACCGGGAACAGGGAUGACGGGGAUGCCGAAGCUCGCGAACGGAAGGAACUGGGAAUCAUGGUCCGGGCUGUCGGUUGGCGACGUAUGGUUUUCAUGGGAGAAAACUGGAUGGAAGGAGCGUCUGUGGCUAUGAUCGCAACGAUCGCGGGCGUGAUUCUUGAAGUGUUUGUCUCCCGUGACGACUGGCGAUCGGACUCUUCGCUGAUGGGGGAACUCGAGUUCUUGCGGGAACUGAUCGGACCGGCGGCGUUUUCGACUCGGGAGUGGAUACCCAUCCUCCAACUGCUGCGUCGAACAAGUCUGAUGACUGUUCAGACUGCUUUGAGAAAGUUGCGGGACUGUGUCUUACUGCCGGAGGCUCGUUCGCGGUGGAAGGACCUCGUUCAGAGUGCGGCGGAGAUGUGGGCGUCUGAGCCUGGGGUUCAGCCAGAAAUCAUCCCCGUUGUGAACCUCGAGUGGUUGGGAACGCCUCUUGGUCAUGCCAGCGAUGUGUUGCGGGAGCUCUCCGAAGGUGUCGUACUGUACAUGCCUCGGUCGGUCAAGGAGCAACUCGUACGCGAACGUUUGGGGUCUUUCAGUAGGCCCGUUUGGUCUGGGUUCUUUGCCGACAUGGACCUACUCGAGCGACAAAUGAUCACUCGUCAAACAUGGGAAAGGCGAUUUAUGUUGCGUAGGAAUUUCGCUCUUUCGUGGUUGAACGAGUGGACCAAGCCCGGGACGGACAAGAUGUUGCGAAUGCGUGGGUUGAUCUUCGGUCUUCAUCUCGAUCUACCCGGUGGAGCAGCAUUGGUACCGCGGAAUGUGCCAUUUGCCUAUUCGCGGCCCGCAGGUUUCACCGAGAGGAGUCUAAGCGAAGAGCGUGCUGUUCGCGAGGUAGUAGAUCUUUUCGAGAUACCCGACCCGGCAGUGGAUGUUGCGGACAUGGAUCUCGAUAUUGGGGAUGGUCCUGGGCCUGACGCGGACGCUGCUACAGGAGAAGACGCCGGGGACGACGGGAAUACCGGACGAGGGGGAGAAGGGACUGACGAGUCCAACAACAACAACAACGGAGGAGGAGCUGACGAGCCCCCCGAGAAGAACGUGGACGAGGAGGUCGCUGCGAAGUCCAAAUCAAGGACUCCCGGAUCGAAGGAGAGCAGCCCGGCAAAACCCCGUACGAGCAAGAACAGUGCGGGCGUGCUUUCGGCCGGGUUGCCCAAGGAUAGGGAAGAGUCCGAUGACUCUGACUACGCCGACUCUGAAAAAGGCGAUAACGGCGACUCGGGCGAUUCUGACGAUGCGGACGCCUGGGAAGAAGGCGGAUCCUGCGUGAAGAAGCUUGGGGACAAGAAGACCGCGGGAAGGCCAGGAGCGGGAGUCGCUUGGACUCACCAGAUCGGGCCGGCUCAAGACGUCAAUUUCUUCGUCAAGUCGAACGACCAAUACCGCUCGUCCAGCAAGAGCAAGGUCGCGCUGGAGUGGGGCCAGGACGACGAUUGGGUAGACCCAACCUUGAUCUUGCCUUCAAAAGCGAGUGAUAAGAAGUCCUGUGCCACGAAGAAACAGGCCUCGGACGCCCGGUCGAAGAAAGCGGGAGAUAUUCGCGACGCCAUUCACGACAAGUUGAUCGACGCAGCAAGGACAACCGGUACCGUCGGUCUCUACAUGCAGGUGUAUCCGGGUAGGAUGGGUGUAGAGAUGGCGAUAACGCCAAACCUUGAUCCCCAAGAAGCGGAGUGGAAGCGUUUGGCUUACGAGUUCUUCGACUACACGAGUGAGAUUUCGGCCGACUGGGCUAGGAGGAUCCGGGAGAAGGAAGAGGGGUUCAACGACGAAGAUAAUGCGUGUGAUGUGAUGUGUGACCGAGUUAAGAACAGAGUACCUUCUGCUCGAUCGCUCAAACAUUCGCUCAAACAUUCGCGCGAACGGGCGUGGGCGCGUCUCUUAGCUUAG